CUGGCCGAUACCAACAUAAUCAGUGCACUGUCAGUCGGUCGCGUAUGUUUUACACCGUUAUGUUUGUAGCGGCGUAUUACAAGAAUUCUUGCAAAUCUUGAACAAAAAUGUAAAAACGUCUACUUAUAAUUUUUUACAUUGUAACAUAUACACGUAUUAGAAUCUGAUUAUAUUAACUUAGAAAUGUUAUUAAAUAAGUAUUAGUUUCCUUAUUUUCCUUGUGAAUCGAAUCUGCUACGUUUUGACAUUUUAUGGAUUCAUGAAAGAAUCACAUUAUCACUCUACUAUCACCUUCCACCUGGAUAUAUCUGAAGAAAACAUCUUCUCUGCAAAGCUAGGAAUGUAAUAACAAGAAAUUUCCAUGAUAAAAGUAUAUAUCUAUAUCAUUGAAGUUUAUUUUUAAUAGUUAUAUUUACAAAUUACAAAAUGUAAUUUUUAUGAUGGAACAAGAGAACUAACGACCUAAAAUUAAAGAUAAAAGCACAAUUGAGAAAUCUGUCUUAAGGAAUAUAUCUUUCAUCUCUAAUAAUUAACAUAUCUGAUGCAUAAAAGGAUCAUCUUACAAAAUAUAAGAUCUCUAUGCUGUAUAUUUAUUCAAUCAUAUUAAUUCAAAUAUUAUCAAAUAUAUUCAAAUAUUAAUUCAAGAUGUCAGACAUCGAAGAAGAUGAGUUUCAAGAUGCUCAAGAAUCUUUACCACAGCCUACUUCUAUGGAUUUGGAUACAGCAAUAAUGGAGGCAAAAAAAGCCAUACACUAUUUUUUUAAUAAUGAUUUUGAAGAAGCAAGAAAGAUUAUGGAGCCCUGGGCAGGCAGUAGCAUGUAUCAUUCUUUAGGAACAAGUAUAUUUGCAUUCCUCGAGGCUAUUCUUACAUCUGAACAAAAAUGCAUUGAAAAGGCGGUUGGAGCUGUAAAACAAUGCAUGACUGUGUGCUUGAAACAACGUAAACAUGUUACACUAACACAAAAUAUUGGCAAAAUGGUGAAGAAGACUAACUACGAUGCUUAUACAAUUGAGGAAGUGCAUGCGGAACUCUGUUAUGCCGAGUCACUUUUUUUAAAAUCGAUGCUCACGUUUGUGGAGGACGAGACUUUGGUCAGCUUUGUUAAAGCUGGAUUGAAAAUUCGUACCUGCUUUCUGUCAUAUAAAGAAUGUUUAUCAAUUUUAAAUAAUCGUAAAUGGGAAAAUAAUGCUCAUAAAAUACAUUUUGAGAGCGGUGUCCGCACUGGUAUUGGUGCAUUUAAUUUGAUGAUUUCCCUAUUACCAGCGAAAAUUAUCAAACUGUUAGAGUUUAUUGGAUUUUCGGGUGAUAAGGAAUAUGGUUUAUCGGAAUUAGAAGCGGGAUACGGAGAAAGAAGAGGAUUAAGGCACGUGUUGUGCGCGAUGUUUCUUUUAUCUUACAAUUUAAUAAUAUCAUUUGUUCUGAGUCAUACAGACGGUGAUCUAUACUGGUGUGAAAAAGUUUUGGAAGAAGAACUGAGUCUUUAUCCAAACGGUAUAUGGUUUUUGUUUUUUAAAGGCAGACUAGAACUAACGAGAGGAAAUUUUGAGAAAUCUUUAGAAUGGUAUACAAAGUCUUGGAAAAGUCAAGAUCUAUGGCCUCACUUUCAUCAUAUUUGUUUCUGGGAAUUAAUGUGGGCACAUUGUUCACUGCAGCAAUGGGAUGAAGCUGCAACGUUUGCAGAUGCUUUAGCCAAAGAAUCACAUUGGUCACGUACAAUUUAUUUGUAUCAAAGAGCUGCGAUACUUAUGAUGCGGAAACCACCAGUACAAAGCGAAGAGAAGCAAAUGAUAGAUACUUUAAUGAUGCAAGCGUCUACGUAUAAACAACGUAUUGCAGGGAAGUCAUUACCAAUGGAAAAAUUUAUAGUAAAAAAAACUGAACGGUACUUUGCUCAAAAAAAAAACCUGGUCCUUCCUAUAUUUGAACUUAUGUAUGUGUGGAAUUUGUUUCGCAUAGUAGGCAAACGACAAGAUUUGACGCUAAACAUGUUUAAAGUAAUCGAAGAAGCUGAAAAGGAACUUGCGAAAGCUUCGAAAACAGAAUAUCACACGGAUAAUGAAGCACUCUUAUUGCUUCUAAAGGGUGCUUGCUUACGACAAAUGAAACAUCCUUUGUUAGCUGAAAAUUGUUUAAAACGCGUUCUCGAGUUGGACAAAUCGAUCAAAGAGGAUACCUAUUUACUUCCUUAUGCAACAGUAGAAUUAGCUUUGCUGGCACAAGAUCAAGGAAAUAUUCAACUCGCUAUUGGAUAUUUAGAGGACGUCAAAAAAACAUUCGCUGGAUAUCUGUUGGAAUCCAGAUUACAGUUUAGGAUCCAUUCCGAUUUAAUGAAAUUGACUGGAAAGAAGGCCGAAGAUAUUUUAGUAUAAUAGUACCUGAAAGAUAAGUUUUCUGCGAGAAAGAAUUCAUUACUACCAAUAGCAUCACACUAUUGCAGAUUCGGGCACUAUUAAUUUUUUGUUAAAGAUUUAUUUUUAUGUAAUAAGUUAUUAAUGAUCUUUAAUGCUUAUUUUGGAACUAAUAACUUCUAAAAUUCAUGUCUAAUGUUAUCGGUUUUUUUUUCUAAUGUAUAGAAUAUUUAUAUCGUGUAUAUUUUUUGCUGAUUUUUACAUAUCAACGAAUAUCUUUAAUGAUAUUGAUUAAAAAGUACCAUCUUUGACGAUGAUAUUUAUUAAGUAUCUAGUGCAUAUAUCAUAAUUCAUUCAAAAGAUCUAAAGAAAGAUUUAAAGAUUGAAUGAUUUUUUUAAAUUUCAGUUAUUUUAAUUGUAAAAGAUAUUAGCGAAUUUGUAUCGAUAGUAUAAUGCGACAGUUUAAUUGUUGGGAAUAGAAGUCACUAUUGUUUAUAUGUAUACGUUCUUCAUUACACAUGUUGUAUUUGCAGUGUUUAAUAAAUUGUAAAUCAAACAGAAUAUAAGAAGGGGGCGAAAUGGAAAUAAAAGUAAUUUAUUGCUGA